AUGGCGGAGGACGAGGGCGGCGGGGAGGAGAGCGAUGUGUUCCUAGCCUUCGCCCAAGGGCCCACUCCUCCUCGGGGGCCCCUGCGGCGCGCUUUGGACAAGAUCUUCCUCACCUUCUUGGUCCUCUUCCUGACAGUGCUGAUGUUGGAGGCUGCUUACAAACUGCUGUGGCCCCUGCCAUGGGCCAAGUUUCGGGACUGGCUUCUGAGGACGCCCCAGGAGGAGGCGGCGCUGGAGCUGUGA